AUGGCCAAGAAAAAGGUCGAGUUCUUCUUCUACGAUGAACAGAAGCCUCGAGACGAAGAAACGUUGCGUGCAAUCACCCAUCUAGCCUAUCACGCUGCGUCCUCGCUCAAGAUCUGCCCCCGGGCAAUCUUCGUCAGUAUCGUCCUGACAAGCUUCGACUUUCUAGAUCUGGUGUGCAUUGCACCACAAGAAAACGAGACAGGAUUCUUCGUUAAGGACCCCGCAGGAUCGCACAUAACGCUUAAUAUCAAAUCGCGCCACGCAUGGCACGGGAAAUAUUCCUUUACGACGCACGCCUACGUCGUUUCUGACCAAGAUUGGACACUUAUUUGGGCAACCAUCGCUCGUCAGAAGCCCGACCAAACGGAUUGGCAGGAUAUUCCCGGUGUUUCCUCAAUGCUGGUCAAAAAAGACGAGUUCCAAUGA